AUGGGUAUUUUUGUGAAAAAUGCGACCCUAUCAGUCAGCAUUUCGCUUACUGCUCUGCAGACUGUGGGGUUCUGGGCCCCAGAGGGUCUCACGGAAACUCAAAGAUGUCUGUACCGGUGGUUCGGAGUGUUCUCUUUCAUGUUCAUGCUAGGCAGCUACAUAUUCAUCCAAGUGGUGGAUCUCUUCAUGAUAUGGGGCGACCUUCCUUUAAUGACAGGCGCUGCCUUCCUCCUGUUCACGAACUUGGCUCAAGCGACCAAGAUCGUGAACAUCAUGGUGAGGAAGCAGAGGAUCCAGAACAUUGUCAACGAUUCUGAUAAAGUCUUAACUGAAGUUCAGACUUUUGAGGAAAAAGAAAUUGUUAAGAGUUGUAAUAGAGAGAUGAUAGUGCUUCAAGUUGUGUACUUUUCCUUGACUCUGAUAACAGGACUCGGUUGGGCUACUAGUGCUGAGAAACAUCAACUGCCUUUGAGAGCCUGGUAUCCUUAUGACACAUCAAAGUCUCCAGCCUAUGAGCUGACAUACGUGCACCAAAUAGGGGCGCUCCUCAUCGCAGCAUUCUUGAACGUGGGGAAGGACACGCUGGUGGCAGCCCUGACUGCUCAGUGCCGGUGCCGGCUGAGGCUGCUGGGGCUUUCACUGAGGAACUUGGAUAAGGGCUUGGACACUGAAGAUAAGUUCAUGCUAACUCCUGACCAAGAGAAGACAGUCAGCAGUCGUCUGAGGUUAUGCGUGGUGCAGCAUCAGGAGACGUUACAGGCUGCUAAGGAACUGCAGGAGUGCUUCUCUGAACCAACGUUCGCACAACUGACUGUGUCGCUGAUCAUCAUAUGUGUUACUGCCUUCCAGCUGUCGAUGACACAACCGGACAACAUGGUGCGUCUACUGUCGAUGGGGACCUACCUCCUCAACAUGACAUUCCAAGUGUUCAUCUAUUGCUACCAGGGAAACCAGCUCACAGAAGAAAGUUUUGAGAUAGCGGGUGCUGCGUACGAGUGCUUAUGGUACAAGUUCUCUCUGCGUCUGCGCCGUGCGUUGCUGAUCGUAAUGGUGCGCACACGCAGGGCUCUCCGACUCACCGCGGGAGGAUUUACUACACUCUCACUCACCUCUUUCAUGGCUAUCAUUAAAGCUUCGUAUUCAUUGUUCACUCUGCUACAGCAAGUUAAUGAGGAAUCACACCUAGACCCAGAACAACAGUUUGUGGAUCACACCGGCAGCCGGUUGUCCAGCCACCUGAGACAGCACUCACUGACCAUGGGGUUCAUAGUGGACAACGCGAACAACUCGCUGCGGGUCUGUCUGACCCUUCUCAAGGUGGUGGGCUUCCUGACCCCCCCACAGACCGGGGUCUAUAGCUUCUUUCUAUGGGUGUACUGCUUCGCUUCUUUCAUGUUUUUGGUUGGAGGUAUCAUAAUAGCUCAAACAGGCGCUAUGUUCCAAAUUUGGGGAGACCUGGCUCUGAUGACGAGUGCGUCGUUUCUCCUGUUCACCAACCUGGCCUUUGCUCUGAAGAUCAUCAACGUGGUGGUGAGGAGGCGGCAGAUCCAGGCCAUGAUUGAUGAUGCUGAUGACGACCUCGUGGCUGAGGAUAGGGAGGAAGGGAGGGAUAUUAUUAAGAGAUAUGACGCUUCGAAGUCUCCUGCAUACGAACUGACAUACUUCAAUCAGAGUUCUUCAGUGAUGGUAGCAUCGAUGGUGAACACGUGUCUGGAUGUGAUGGUGGCGUCCAUCAUCGCAGUCUGCCGCUGCCGGCUGGGGCUGGUGGGGUUGUCUCUCAGGAGGCUGUGUGAAGGAAUACCUGUCAUUGGAAAGGAUUUACUAACUUCGGACGAAGAGAAAACAGUUCAAUUUCGCUUGCGGCAGUGCGUGAUCAAACACGAGGCUGCGUUGAAGUCGACCAGGUUGAUACAACAAUGCUUCUCAUACCCUAUUCUGGCGCAGUUCACCGUGUCUGCCGUCAUCAUCUGUGUUACAGCAUACCAGCUAGCCAUGGAACUGAACAACGGGAACCGCGUCCGAAGUAUACCAAUGGCGUCAUACCUGCUGUGCAUGAUGCUGCAAGUGUACAUCUACUGCUACCAAGGAAACCAGCUUACUGAGGAGAGCUACGAAAUAUCUGGCGCUGCGUACGAGUGUCCCUGGUACAAAUGUUCCCUGCGCAUGCAGCGCUCGCUGUUGAUAGUAAUGUUGCGCACACGUCGCGCCGUACAACUGACUGCCGGCGGCUUCAUGACGCUGUCUCUGUCAUGCUUCACCUCAAUUAUAAAGGCGUCGUAUACUUUUUUCACCGUCCUCAAGCAAGUUGAAGAUAGAAAUCCGAAGUAAUACUUUACUU